AUGACGACUACUGACGACCCAUCUGUCGAUUCGGCUGACUCCAGCUCCGAGACCAGCAUGCGCCGCUCCUUCGACGACGACGAUUUCCCCGAGUCCAGCUCCACCACGCACCCGUAUGUGACGAUGCGUACCCUCAGCAAGAGCAAGUACGAGGCCGACAAGGCAUUUGUCAGUGCCAUGUUUGAGCGGCCCCGCAGCGGCGCGGCCUCGGCCAACGGAGCCGGAUCGCCUCUGCCAGCACACCAAACCCUCGAGCCCUCGAUUACACCCGCCGGCCUCAUGCCCUCGACGCCUCGAUCGAUCCUGAUGUCGCAGAAGCUCGGCCAGGCCCAUGCCGACGCGAUCCUGACGCAGCUCUCGCCGCGCUCCGGCCCAUCUUUGGUCGAGGCACGCAAUAUGCCGGCAUUUACGCUUGAUCCCGGAAAGCGCAACAUGAGCACGCUGACGUGCGACGAGGAUGAGGCGUUCUCAGAGAAGCUCCUGGAUGACUCCGUUGAGCUCAGACGGAUCGGCGAUGCGCUGGCCAAGUGCAUGGCGCUGCGCGACAAGUACAUGGACAUAAGCUGCCAGCACGAGGCCGAUAAUCCAAUCAACAAGCCUGGAUGGAAGAUCUACCCGAAACCACCUCCACCCGCUUGGCGCAACUUUAACGAGCCUGCCACGGAUGUCCAGGAGGAGUUCGACAUGAGCAAGUGCAAGAUCCCGCAGGCCGACGACUGCGUGUUUGAGAUGGUCGAGUCGGGCGUGUUUGCGGUGUUUGAAACCCAAAAGGCCAAAGACGAGGGCCGGGAGCCGUUCACUAAGGUGCCGUCGAUCAAGGAGUACUAUAUGGAUUUGGAUUUUGUGCUCGACACGAUCUCUGACGGCCCCAUCAAGACCUGGGCCUUCCGCCGCCUGCGCUAUCUGGACGCGCGCUGGCAGCUGUAUGUGCUGCUGAAUGAGCGUGAGGAGACCAUGCAGUCCAAGAUGGUGCCGCACCGUGACCUGUACAACGUGCGCAAGGUCGACGGACACGUGCAUCUGGCCAGUGCCAUGAACCAGAAGCACCUGCUGCGCUUCAUCAAGUACAAGCUCAAGACCGAGCCGGACCGCCCCGUCAUUGUGUUUGAGUCGCUCAAUCUGACUGCGUACGACCUGUCGAUCGACACCCUGGACAUGCACGCGCACAAUGGCGCCUACCAUCGCUUCGACAAGUUCAACUUGAAGUACAAUCCGAUUGGGAGAACUGACAACUUUAUCGACGGCGAAUACUUUGCGCAGAUCACCAAGGAGGUCAUGUCUGAUCUUGAGCAGAGCAAGUACCAGAUGGCCGAGUACCGCAUCUCGAUCUAUGGCCGCUCUAUCGACGAGUGGGACAAGCUGGCGGCAUGGGUCGUCGACCACAAGCUGUUCUCAAACAACGUGCGCUGGCUGAUCCAGACCCCGCGCCUGUACAAUGUCUACAAGGCGGGUGGCCAGGUCGAGAACUUUGAGCAGGUGCUCCGCAACAUCUUCCAGCCCCUGUUCGAGGUCACCAAGGACCCGAGCUCGCACCCCAAGCUGCACGUCUUUUUGCAGCGCGUUGUUGGAUUCGACACCGUCGACGACGAGUCCAAGCCCGAGCGCCGCAUGCACAAAAAGUACCCGCUGCCGUGUGUCUGGGACUCGGAGUCCAACCCGCCAUACACGUACUACUGCUACUUCACCAUGGCCAACCUGUGCUCGCUGAACCAGUGGCGAAUGCGCCGCGGCUUCAACACCUUCGUGUUCCGCCCGCACGCUGGCGAGGCCGGCGACACCGAGCACCUGUCGGCCGCGUUCCUCACUGCCCAGGCAAUCAACCACGGCAUCCUGCUGCGCAAGGUCCCUGCCCUGCAGUAUCUGUACUACAUGCAGCAGAUCGGCCUGGCCAUGUCGCCGCUGUCGAACAACGCCCUGUUCCUCGUGUACGAGCGCAGUCCCUUCAACACGUACUUCCAGCGCGGACUCAAUGUGGCCCUGUCGACCGACGACCCGCUGCAGUUCCACUUCACCAAGGAGCCGCUGAUUGAGGAGUACUCGAUUGCCGCGCAGAUCUGGAAGUUCAACAGCGUCGACAUCGGGUUCGAGGCCGAGGUCAAGCGCCACUGGAUUGGCCGCGACUAUCUGGAAACCGGUCAGACAGAGGUCCACAAGACCAAUGUGCCGCUGUGCCGUCUCAAGUAUCGCGCGUCGACGCUCGAGCAGGAGCACGCUGUGCUGGCCCGGAUGACGUCCAGCGGGUCUGAUAGCCUGGAGCUGGACCCUGUGGCAUGA